AUGGCUAGUACUCAGGUACCUGGAUGUUGCCCACUCUUACGAUUCCGUCACUUCCGAAUGAUCAAAGCUACAUUGACGUCUGACUCCCGCGGUCUCUCACCCCAGCUCACCCCCCUAGUCGGUAGGAGACCGUGCCAAUCUGGUACUAUCUUCGGCGACCGAUCACAUCGCACCUCAUCUACCUUGCUGUAUGACUUCGUCAAAACGCAGUACCAGGCGGGGAGCUGUGGGGUGAAGAAGUUCAAAGUUCAAACAUUCAUAGAUCAGACUGGCGUUGGCAAGUUUUUGCUGAUCAACUACGCAUUUGGAGUGCGAAAUGCGACCUCUUCGCACGAUAAGCCAGGCGAGGCCAGCAUGGACCAUGAGCUCAUCUCACCGCAAAAUGAUGGCUGGCAUUUACUAGAGACUGGCGUGGAGCAAUUCCUCACAUCGAAGUGUGAAGGAGAGUUGGGAACCAAUCACAGCCAACGCGGGUCAAAAUUUCCAUUGUUUUCACUAAAUCCGACAUCCUCCUCGACCACGUGGAGCGCCGGCCGAACUCUGGACAAGUCCUCUCCCAAGGGUUUGAGCAAGGAGACCAUCGAGAAACUUGCCGAGAGAAAAAGCUACAGGAAGUCUGUAUCGCACCCCUAG